GUUCGCGGUAACCGGAAGUGAUAGCAGAGUGACACCUCUGUGUUUCUGUCCUAUCUCUACUACUUACACACGGUUGAGAUUUCACCUGUCCAGAUAUUAACAAUGAGCAGCUCUGAGGAACCUAAAGUGACCACAGCUCCACACAUAGUGAAAGAAGAGCUCAUGGCAGCAGGAAAAUGGGUAAAACUGGAGAAAACAACAUAUGUGGACCCAGCUGGAAACACCAGAACCUGGGAGACUGUGAAAAGGACAACAAGGCAAAGCAACACAGAAGCAGAUGGUGUGGGAAUCAUCGCCCUCCUGAAACGGACGCUCCACAAAGACUGUGUGGUGAUGGUGAAGCAGUUUCGUCCUCCUCUGGGAUGCUGCACUCUGGAGUUUCCUGCAGGGUUGAUUGACGACGGUGAAACUGCAGAGGCUGCAGCACUGAGGGAGCUGAAGGAAGAAACCGGCUACAAAGGGGAGGUAGUAGGAGUCACUCCAGUGACCUGCCUGGACCCCGGGCUGUCCAACUGCACCACCCAGAUUGUCCUGGUCAACAUCAAUGGGGACGAAGCCGAGAACAUUAACCCAACACAACAGCUCGGUGAGAGGACUCGUUCAUACACUCACUCACUACAUUUGCAUGCAUAGAAUCUUCAGGUUUUAUAGUCUCUAAUAUUCCCAUCUUCUCUUGUGUUCUUCCACAGGUGAUGGAGGUGAGUUACGUUUCAUACUUUUUCAUAAAUAUUCUAUUUUCUGUCAGAAAACAGAUCAUGACACAAGCUUCUUAUCUCUCUCUCUCCAGAAUUCGUAGAAGUCAUUCUUUUACCUCUUGAUGAAUUCCAGAUGAAAAUAGAUGAUCUGCUGAAGAAAGAGAAAAUAGUGGUGGACGCUAAAGUUUACAUCUUCGCCAUGGGGAUGGUUCAGGCCUUCUUCAAACCAAGGGAGCUCCCUGUCCUGAAGCAGUAACAUUCAGGACAAGAGUGAGAGGAAGAAAUAGUCUUUUCUGUUACACAGGGCUCCUACACAGGACUGGAAAAUUUGGAAAUGUGCUGAAAAGGAAACUGAGGAUUUCCAAAUGCUAUUAAGACAUUCUCUGAGGAAUUUAAAUAUUUGUGUCUGUGAAAUUUAAUGACCAUCCAUAGAGCAGUAUGGCAGAACACAAAAAUCUUGAAAUCAGAUUCUUGGAUUUAGAAACUGAACCUAUGAAGGAGCCCUGGUUACACUAAAUGUACUGGACCACUUUUUGCUCUCCACCUGGAAACAUACUCUGGUGGCCAACUGUCACAUUAUUUGCACACUUAAAGCAGAAUAUGUUUCAGGCAUUAGUCUUGUAUGUCUUAAGUGACUAGCAGUCAUUUCCAGGUUUUUAUGAGAGUAUAAGUAGUAUAAUGGGAUGCAAUUUAUUGUGAUUUUAUUUAGUGAUUGUUAAACAUUCCUUACAUGUGCUAACUGUUUUGCUGAAUUAAUGGAGGGGGAAAAAAACAACCUAUAAAACCUCAAUGGUAAAUAUGAGGUAGUGGUAUCAGAAUCAAUGAACAGAUAAAUCAGUCAAUCCCACAUCCCUGGUCUGGAAUUUGUCUGAAGGCGUCCUGGUAGCUAAAGGAAUUCACCAACUAGCAUUAGAGAAAGUAAAUGAGCCGUCACACAGUAACACCUGUAGUGUGAUGACAGUAACAUAUUAACAGUGUUAAUAACACAAAGGGUUUUUACUUUUGGCUCCACUGUAAUGUACAACAGAGGUACUGUGCUGAUGAAGGCAGGAAGUGAUUAACAGGAAAUAUUCCAUGCUGUGCCUCCAACCUCAUUAUGGUGCAUUUAACUGGAGACUAAUAUUGUACUUACUGUAGAAACUAGAGAUUACUGACCAAUGAAUAAAUGUGAUACAGCCUUUGCUCUUA